CAGGGGCAGCAGUUCACCGGAGCACUGGUGAGGAAGUUUGCCGCCACUUGGCUGCUGUUGAGGCCGGGGUUUACAAUGCUGGGACGGUCGGCUCCGAUGGAGAACAUGCACUGACUUACCGGGGAUUUGGGAAUUGUUUUUUUUCUCUCUCUCUCUCUCUCUUGGAUUACUCUCCAUUUAAAAACAAAGCGACACGGUUUUGAGCUUCUAUUGGUAUCCAUUCUGGUUUUUACCCUUCUCUCGGCUUGUAUUGUGGAGUAGUAGUAAACACUUGGAAAAAUGCCUGCAAAAACCAAGUACAACCUCGUUGAUGAUGGGCAUGAUUUGAGGAUCCCGUUGCAUAACGAGGAAGCAUUCCAGCAUGGGAUCAACUUCGAGGCAAAGUACAUCGGCAGUCUGGAUGUGGCGCGACCGAGCAGCAGAGUGGAGAUCGUGGCUGCGAUGAGGAGAAUACGUUAUGAGUUCAAGGUGAAAAACAUCAAGAAGAAAAAGGUCAACAUUGUGGUGUCUGUGGACGGUGUGAAAGUCAACCUGAGGAAAAAGAAAAAAAAGAAGGAGUGGACAUGGGAUGAAAGCAAAAUGAUGGUGAUGCAGGAUCCCAUUUACCGGAUAUUCUAUGUGUCUCAUGACUCCCAGGAUCUGAAAAUCUUCAGCUACAUUGCCAGAGACGGACAGAGCAAUGUCUUCCGCUGCAAUGUCUUCAAGUCCAAAAAGAAGAGUCAGGCCAUGCGGAUUGUUCGGACGGUCGGCCAGGCGUUCGAAGUUUGUCACAAACUGAGUCUGCAGCACACACAGCAGAACGCAGAUGGACAGGAGGACUGCCACAGCGAAAAGAACAGCAACGAUUCCUCCGUUAACGCUCGGGAGCUAACAGGUGCAGAAAAAACGCCAAUCGUCGCCGAGGAGACAGACAUCGACGCGGACGAGGUGAUCCAGCUACCGCCAGCAGAGGAGUUGAACCUCAACCGAGGAGUGACUGAUCUGGACGAAACGGCCAAGACAUCUGAAGUAAACCACUCCGAAAACAAGGUUUCAGAGGAGGCCUCCCUGCUGAUAGCCAGCCCCAGGAUGCUGCUCCCUGCAUCGGGCACGCUCCCGCCAGGCGCCCCUCUGUCUGUCCACCAUCAGAUCCAACUGCUCCAGCAGCAGCUUCAGCAGCAGCAGCAGCAGACACAAGUAGCUGUGGCACAGGUUCACUUGUUGAAGGACCAGCUGAGUGCGGAGGCCACGGCUCGGCUGGAGGCCCAGGCUCGAGUCCACCAGCUGCUCCUGCAGAACAAAGACCUGCUGCAGCACAUCUCCCUGCUGGUUAAACAGAUCCAGGAGCUGGAGACCAGGAUGUCUGGACCAAACUCAAUGGGAUCCCAGGACAGUUUGUUGGAGAUCACUUUCCGCUCCACGGUUCCCUCGGUGAUCUGUGACCCCACCACGCCUAAACCUGAGGUGUCCACCCUGAACCUGCCCCAGCUUGGCGCCAGCGACGGGACCAGCAACGUCUUCUCAUCUUCCAACGGGACUCUGGGAAGCCCGCUAGUUGAUCAAAGUAUGUUUGAGAACUCCACUGCUCAGCAGCAAAGUCCUCAGACCUCCAGGACAGGCCAGUCCUCAACCCGACGAACCCCAGCGUCACCGAACCCCAACCUGAGCACAAACUCUAUCGACUCUCCGUCCUCCGGAGGCCAGCAGAGGCUGAAAAACGCCAUUAACCUCGGCAAAGCUGUCGGGGCAAAGGUCAAUGACCUGCUGAGAAGAAAGGAGCCCAACCACCUCGGAGACAUCGGAGUCACCGAGGUCAACAAAAAUGUCGGUGCCGUGUGGAGCUGCAUGGAUCAAAUCAACCAGACUACUGCAAACAGUCACAUCUCCUCCUUCGACUCCUUCCCUCGCCUAGACCCGCCUCCCCCGUCGGGAAAGAAGCGUCUCCCCCGGGCGUUGAAAACCACCCAGGACAUGAUGAUCUCCUCUGACCCGGUGGUCUCCUCUCCGGACCCUACAGCAGACACUUCCACCUUCCUCUCCUCCCCUGACAAGACUCCUCUCAUCGUCAAGGAGGAGCCGAGGAGCGUCGAGGAGCAGCAGCAGCCGGGCGACAGGGAGGAAGACGAGCUGGAUAACAGGUUGACAGAUAUCACCACGGAGAAGAAAGUCACCGCUGAAUCAGAGCAGACGGGGAGCAACGGGAAGGUAGACGGAGUGAUUGGCGGAGGAGAAGAAGAAGAAGAAGAUGUGAAAGAUAAACACACAGAAGGAAGCUCAGAGGAACCUCAGCAUCAGCUCCAGCUCUCUGUGCCAGACCUCAUCAACAAGGAUCCACCACAGCUGGAGCCCAGAGCCAAACCCUGCGACGUCUGGCAGAAAGCGCCGGGGCCAGACUCCAGGUUGGCCUCCACCCCCCGCUCAGGGAAAACUCCCUGUCGCAUCAGCCUGGGCGAGGAAGUCCUGCUGGGGAACGGAGCCCCAAAAGGCAACGGGGUGAGCGCUGAAGACGCAGAGCACCACCCGGACCUGCUGUCAUUUGAGUAACAAGCAGGAAACGCUUCAGUAUGAUUAAAAAAGAUUGGAAUUUUUUUAUUUGAUUUCCACAAAGAAAAAAAA